GAGGAUGCGGGGCCAGGCCCUUCUGCUUCUGCUGUUCCUUCAGCACAGCCGGUCCGACUCGGCUUGCAAGGAUCUCAGGUGUUUUGCGGACUACAUCCGGACACUGACCUGCAUGUGGGACACGGGCCCCGGCCACCCCAGAGGGAGGCUGCACAACCUCACUGCCACGUGGGGCUGUGGCCACGGGUGCACCUGCGCCUUCCUCCCCACCUUCAGAAAUGCCAGCCACCUGCGCUACGCCUGCUCCUCGGAGCAGAGGCCGUGCUUCUCUCGUGACACCUUUGCCGUGAGGGUCACGAUGCUCGUGGGUGGAGCCCCUCCCGCUCACCAGGACUGUGGGCCCUUCCGGUGCCACGAGAACGUUAAGCCUCCGCCCCCUUCCAAAGUGACUGCCGUGGCCCACCCAGACGGCUACAACGUCUCCUGGGAGAGCGGCUACGCAGCCUACGACUACCUGCACGGGGAGAUGCAGUACCAGCUGCGCUACCGACAGAAGGGCCACCCCUGGAAUGCGGAGGGAGGCACGGCCGGGGCCCCGAAGCCCGUCUUGCAGGACACCCCGACAUUGUGGCUGCUGCCGCAGGAGCUGAAGGGGGGCGCGGAGUACGAGCUGCAGGUGCGAGCCGGGCCGAGGGACCACUCCCUGUACAAGGGCACGUGGAGCGACUGGGGCCCCGCCGGCCGCCUCAGGACUCCCCCCAGGGUACAGAAGUGGGCGGGCACCUCCUGCUCUGGAGCCACCCUGGAUGUCUAUGAGCCCGGCACAGCCCUGCCGGAAGUGGCCAGGAUCAGCCCCCGGCCCCCGCUCAGUGCAGCCACCCUAGAGGAGACUUCUGCACCCCACUGCACUGCCACCCUGCCGGCCUUGGCCGAGGAAAGCGAUGGAUCUGUGCUGGAGCCGGCCUACGGCCACCUCUCCAUCGACACCGUCACCGUGGCAGACGCCUGCGGCCUGGAGCUGGAGGACUACCGCUGCCUGCCGUUGGACGACGGGGGCUCCACGGAACGCCUGCUGCCAGCCAGGCAGAUACCUCCUCCUCCGAGGGACUUCUGGGACUCGGGCUCCUCCGGACCCUGGCGCAGAGACACCUGUCUGGCCCAGCUGCAGGCCGGAACCCUGCCGGAGCACCGGAACACCCUCGAUGGGGAGCCAACCCGAGGGGGCCCCGUGAGCGCCUCCUCUCCGCCCUCCACCCAGCCUCUCUGCCGAAAGCCGCUCUCUCCCAUCUGGGCGGCUGACGGAGACCCGGGCGACGGUCUUGACCUGGACACCGUGGACAGCGGCUUCGCUGACUCCGACUGUGGCAGCCCCGUCGUGGACUGCGAGUUCCGGGGGAUGCAUCCCGGCUGCACCGCCCCUGGGGAGGAGGAGGAGGGGACCACCUUCCUCCCCAGCUACGUCAAGCAGUGGGUGGCCUGCCACCUCCCCCCGGCCGAGCACACCUAGAGGCACAGGAGCCCGAGCCUCCAAGGGGCCCGCAACAGCC